GUUUAAACUGCUUCAGCUUUUUAUGUGUUCUCUUUCAAAUUGGAAGCGCUGAGCUCUCUCGGAAAUCUUCAGUUUUGCUCAGAUCUCCGAUCUUUCUAGUAGAUCCGUACGAAAUCGAAGACUCGGAAUCGAAACAUGUCGGCGCUUUUCAACUUCAAUUCGUUCUUGACGGUGGUGCUGCUCGUGAUUUGCACGUGCACCUUCGUGAAGAUGCAGUUUCCGGCCGUCCUGGAGCUAAAAAGCGGAUUUCGGGGAUUUUUCUGGAAGGCGGCUAGAAUAGGUGAACGCCUGAGCCCUUGGGUUGCGGCUGGAUGCUUUACGAUGGGGAUCUCAAUUAUAUUUUUCUGAGCAGGUACUGCUUUUGUGCUCCUGGAUGCAGCUGCAUCUCGUCGUUCGUUUGUCUUGCUGUCCUAACGCGCCCCUUUUGUUCUUGUUCUUGACCUGAUUUCGUACGAAGUGCAAUGCCAGUGGGUUACAGAAUAGGCGUCUCGCUUACAUGUGAUUUAAACCUGUAGUUGGCGGUUUAAUUUUGCGACAAAAACUAACAUUACCUGCAGAUUGAUGAUAUGUACAUAAAUUAUUGUUAACACAGCUGUUUUUACGAAUGAAUUGAAAUCAGUUUCUUGUC